AUGUGUAAAUAUUGCUUCGUGUCAAAAAAUAUAUUUAUUAGUGCUUACAACAAAAACACGGUGCAUCCAAAGACGCUUGACUUCAUGCUUCAACACAUUGCAUGUUGUAAGGGCCCAACACACGAUCCGGCACUGACUAUUCAGUUCAGACCAAAUUUCAGAAUUGAUAUCAGAAUCAGCAUAUGCCAGCUGAACAUAAACUGGAGGUUCUUCUUGUAUUCGAUUCCGAAAAAAUGCUAUUGUACGAAUAGAGUUGAACUCUUCAUGCAGGCACAACUUCGUAAAUGUGAUAAUGAUCCAAAAAAUUAUAGUUUACUAUACGACGGUUAA